GUAGGAUAAGGGCACAGCUAUGAGAGCUACAUGCAGCGGUUCACUUCAGUACACUGAAUGCUGAGCCCCGUAGCUGGUCGUAAAGGAUCGGUCUUAAGUCAUUACGCACGGGGACGCGGGGACUGCAAUUUGGGCUUCAACGCGCGUCCCGCAUUUCCCAACUCACGUCACCAUGGACUUUCCGCUUGACAACCCACAUGAGUUGUGCCCAGGGGCGUCAGGUCGCGCUGUCUUCGUCUCUUACGGAUCACCCGACGCCAUCCGGCAGGCCAAGUUCGAAGCCCUGCAGCUGAAAGUCCGGCAAAAGAUGCUGCAGCAGCGAACCGGCCUCGACGACCCGCACGCGCUCAAGUCGCACCUAGACCCCGCAGCCGAGCUGGCACGCGCCGCCAAGGCAGCCUGCCUGGGCGUGGGCGGCUGCGAGCAGGUGCAGGCGCUGGUGGUGCCGCCCACCGUGACACCCCACGGCGAGGAAGUCCGCGGCAGCAGCGAACUCAUCCUAUCCGGCGAGCGGCGGGAGUAUCAGCGCCCCGGACCCAGCCGAGCCGCCACCUCCAACGCCAGCGGACCGGUGCCGCGCUACCGCACCUCGGACCUGGAGAUAGCGAAGAAGCCUGAGGGCGGCGCAGCAGGGGAGGCAGGCGCGCGUGGGAGCAGCGGGCGGCGGAGCAGCCGGACGGGCGGGGGGAGUAGCGGCUACGGCAUGAGCUGGCGCAAGCAGCCGCCGGCUAGGGACCCGCUGGCAGCGCAGCUGAGCGAGGGGAUGCUCACGUACGUGCAGUGCAAGUUUGAGCGGCCGAACGUGAUUGGCAGCGCCUUUGUGCCGCAAGGACAGGCCAUGCAGGAGGCCCUCCACGCCUACGAGCAGCGCAAGCCGCGCCGCCCCGCCUCCGCCCCUCUGCGCCGCUACAUGAACCAGGCGACAGGCGGCACCUCCCGCAGCGACCGGGAGGCCGCCUGGGCGGUGGGCGGCGGCGGCGGAGUGGGCACCGCGUCUGUGUCGGCGUCCGCGGGUACCCUGGACAGCAAGUGGCAGGACGUGCCGGUGGUGAAGGUCCAGGAGACGGACCUGCUGGCCAUGUACCGCCGCAACUCAGUGGCGCCGCCUCCCGCGGAGCCGCCCCCGCCCGCGGCGCCUCCCCCGCGCAACUCCUCCCGCACCGUUUUCGGCACCAUCCGCGCCACCCCGGACCCCGAUGAACCCGCGGCGCCACCCACUGCGGCAGUAGUGGCCGCACCCGGUGCCAGGGGCGCUGCACCCAUGCCCACACCUGCAGGCAUGGCCGCAAGCAAGGGUAACCCGCACCGUGGUACGCCGGCAGCGGCCGGUGCAGCAGCAGCAUCAACAACAGCAGCAGCAGUAACGCCAACAGCAGCAGCAACAGCGGCACCGGCGGUAGCCGCCACUUCCGACUCCCCCAACAGCAGUAGCGGCGAUGCUGCUGCCAAGCGCCGCAGUACACACCCGGUCACGCUGGUUGAGCCGCACGAGCAGGACGCCGCGGAGGAGGAGCGCCGGCGGCGAGAGAGCGCCGGCCCACGGACGCAAGCCUGGGGCAGCGGCAGCGUCACGGCGGCGGCACCCGGCGGCAUGCGCCGGGGAACAAACACCGGCGACGGCGGAGGCGGCGGGGCUGCUUCCAGCCCUACCGCCGGCGGAGUUGCGUCGGGUGCUGUGCCCUCCCGGCCAACCUCCGCCCUCUCAGCAGCGUCCAGCCGGGGAACACCCACCGCCGCCGCCUUCGGGAGCACUGCCGCGCCCGCGCCCGAUCCCCCACGCAGCGUCUCCUCCUCUUCCUCAUCCUCCGUCACACCCCACCCCGAGCCGAGGCCCCCCGCCCAGUCUCACGCAGCCUCCCAGCGCCGAGCCUCCACCGGCGGCGCAUUCAUGUCGCCCUCAAACCCGGCCCUCCCCAGCGGCGGCGGCCGCAUAACCAAGACCCACUCCCACCCCAGCACCGCAGCCAACACCGCUAACAGCAUCAUCGCCACAGAUGCCGCCGGCAACACAUCACAGCUCCGCAUCCCCUACCAGCCCGUAGCCCCGGAGACCCGGCGGCAGCAACAAGGUGCCGCCGUCGCCACCGCCAAGACCAACCGUCUGCGCUCCGGCCCCGCCCGCGGCUCCUCCCCACACCCCCACGGGCCUCACGGGCCGCACCCGGGCAGCUUGUCCGCUGAGGGCAGUAGCCUCAUGCAGCAGCAGGCGCAUGCGGAUCGCUGGGCGGCCCCUUGUAACCGCAUGUCCGCGUCAGACGACCGCUCGGUGCUGCAGGAGCGCAUUCUGGACGGUCUGGCUCGUCUGUACACCGCCACGGGGCCCGAGGCGGCGAAUGCGGCGGAGCAGAUGGCGCUCAUGAAGGAGGGCAAGGCGGCGGUGGAGGUGAGCACGCCGGGGUCGGGACGCGGCGGCUUCAAGAUUGGGGUGCCGACGCAGGUGGCGAUGCAACCGCAGCCGAGGCGGGCAUCGCGGCUGGCGUCUGUGGAAUCCGCGCCGGCGGAGGUGUGGUUGGGCGGUGGUUUCGGGGCGGACCAGCAGCAGAUGCUAAUAGGUGCGGCAGGGGGCGUGAACCGGAGGGUACGGCCGCCGUCGGCGGGGUGUUGGGC